AGAAGAAUCAGAAGCUUUUCAAAAUUCCGUCUUCAAGAAGAAACACCCGUGGAGGAAGAAGACAUUACACAAAACAAAUUUAGAAACUGGGAUCAUGAGUGGAAAAACAAAGGCAAGAAGGGCUGCCAUGUUUUUUAGACGUUGCUCUGAAGACGCCAGCGGUAGCGCCAGUGGCAAUGCUUUGUUAUCAGAAGACGAAAACCCUGAUGCGAAUGGUGGACCCCCUACCACUCUCCACAUCUCCAAUAAUAGUUAAAAGGAAGAGGUUCCAGAAUACACUUCCCUGGAGGGGAAGAGAGUUAAGAAAAUUCUCUUCUUAGUUGGUUUCCACACUGUCACACUCUUGGAUGGCUAAUAGGGUAACUCGAUCAUGGAAGAUUAUUCUAAGUACAAUGCUUACACUGACUUUUCUUCUUGUAGGACUCCUAAAUCAUCAGUGGCUUAAAGAAACAGAUGUUCCUCAGAAAUCCAGACAAUUAUAUGCCAUAGUUGCAGAAUAUGGUUCAAGGCUUUAUAAAUAUCAGGCCAGACUUCGUAUGCCUAAAGAGCAACUGGAACUUUUAAAGAAGGAAAGCCAGAAUCUGGAAAACAAUUUUCGUCAAAUUCUAUUUUUGAUCGAACAAAUAGAUGUCCUGAAGGCAUUGCUAAGAGAUAUGAAGGAUGGUAUGGACAAUAAUCACAACUGGAACACCCAUGGAGACCCUGUGGAGGACCUGGACCACACAGAGGUCCUGGAUGAGGAAGUGUCAAACUUGGUCAAUUACGUACUUAAAAAGUUGAGAGAAGACCAAGUCGAGAUGGCUGAUUAUGCCCUGAAGUCGGCCGGAGCCUCCAUCAUUGAAGCUGGGACCUCAGAAAGUUAUAAAAAUAAUAAAGCAAAAUUGUACUGGCAUGGGAUAGGUUUCCUAAAUCAUGAAAUGCCUCCAGAUAUUAUUCUUCAGCCGGAUGUCUACCCUGGAAAGUGCUGGGCUUUUCCAGGUUCCCAGGGUCAUACCCUAAUCAAGCUUGCUACAAAGAUCAUACCAACUGCUGUUACCAUGGAGCACAUCUCAGAGAAGGUGUCUCCGUCAGGAAACAUCUCCAGUGCACCCAAGGAAUUUUCUGUCUAUGGCAUCACAAAAAAAUGUGAAGGAGAAGAAAUUUUCCUAGGUCAGUUUAUAUAUAACAAAACAGGAACCACCGUUCAAACAUUUGAACUCCAGCAUGCAGUUUCUGAAUAUUUAUUAUGUGUGAAACUUAAUAUCUUUAGCAACUGGGGACACCCGAAGUAUACUUGUUUAUAUCGAUUCAGGGUCCACGGCACACCAGGCAAGCACAUCUAGAAGAGUUGGUACAGAAGGCCAUGCCACAUGUCCAGAAUAUUCAAGAAUGCUUAUUCUCUUAGAUGAUACCGCAGCCAUAGGAAUUGAGAAUUGGGAGUGGGAAGAAAACCUCAAAGUGGUUCAUACUUGCCUGUAAAAAGUAAAUGCACUUUACUAAUAAAAAAUAUGGAAGUACAUUAAA